UCACCGCUCACUGCAGUGGUUCAGGCUUCAGCAGCCCUGGAGAAGCAUCAGCUGAGAGGAGCUAUCACAUGGGAGCCGGGAGCUGCUCAGCAAAGAUGCCUUCAUGAGGAAACUGAAAUCCUAAAGAGUCACAGUAAUUCCCAGACCUGGGACUGGUAACUGGAUCUCAUGUCCCUUCUAUGCCCCAACAGCUCCUGCCAUUUUGAGAGACAAGAAAUCAGAAAAUUUACAUAAGCAACUUGAAAACUGGGGCACUAUCCUGGAGCUCAGUGGGACCCUGGGAGAGGGAGACAGAGGAUUUAGAAUCUCUGGAUAACAGUCCCUGAGAGAGGAAAAGGGCAUGGAGAACAGAGGAAAGGAAAAGAAAAAGGAACCGGCGACCAGUCAGAAGGUGGAGUGCUGAGUGAGUGAGGCUCCGGCAUCUCUCAUGUCUCCUGCUUCUUCGAGGUCACCAAAGGCAGACCAGAGCCAGGAAGCAGAGAUGAGCUUCUGAGCCCUCUGUUCCAUUACAUGCACAGCCAGGCCUGGAAGGCUGGCGAUUAGAGCCUGUCGGGGAGGCUCCAGCAGGAGGCGCCCUCUCCCCCCAUCCCCACACACAAAAUUGACAAGCCUGUUAAGCCUGGGCCUGGGCUGGCCAUCCCAGGGUCACUGGACUAGGAUGGGGGAUGGGCCUGUGACAGGAGGUGCCCUGGGUGUCCUCUUUCGGCCCCAUGGAGUCCUCUCCCAUCCCCCAGUCAUCAGGCAACUCUUCCACUCUGGGGAGGGUCCCUCAAACCCCAGGUCCCUCUACUGCCAGUGGGGUCCCAGAGGUGGGGCUGCGGGACGUGGCCUCGGAAUCUGUGGCCCUCUUCUUCAUGCUCCUGCUGGACUUGAUCGCUGUGGCUGGCAAUGCCGCUGUGAUGGCUGUUAUCGCCAAGACACCCGCCCUCCGAAAAUUUGUCUUCGUCUUCCACCUCUGCCUGGUGGACCUGCUGGCCGCCCUGACCCUCAUGCCCCUGGCCAUGCUCUCCAGUUCUGCCCUCUUUGACCAUGACCUCUUCGGGGAGGUCGCCUGCCGCCUCUACUUGUUCCUGAGCAUAUGCUUCGUCAGCCUGGCCAUUCUCUCGGUGUCGGCCAUCAAUGUGGAGCGCUACUAUUAUGUUGUCCAUCCCAUGCGCUAUGAGGUGCGCAUGACGCUGGGGCUGGUGGCCUCUGUGUUAGUGGGCGUGUGGGUGAAAGCCUUGGCCAUGGCUUCUGUGCCAGUGUUGGGAAGGGCCUCCCGGGAGGAGGGAGCUCUCAGCGUCCCCCCAGGCUGCUCACUCCAAUGGAGCCGCAGUGCCUACUGCCAGCUUUUCGUGGUGGUCUUUGCUGUCCUUUACUUCCUGUUGCCUCUGCUCCUCAUCCUUGUGGUCUACUGCAGCAUGUUCCGAGUAGCCCGAGUGGCGGCCAUGCAGCACGGACCGCUGCCCACGUGGAUGGAGACACCCCGGCAACGCUCUGAGUCUCUCAGCAGCCGCUCCACUAUGGUCACCAGCUCGGGGGCCCCCCAGACCACCCCACACCGGACGUUCGGGGGAGGGAAGGCUGCAGUGGUCCUCCUGGCUGUGGGGGGACAGUUCCUGCUCUGUUGGUUGCCCUACUUUUCUUUCCACCUCUACGUUGCCCUGAGUGCUCAGCCCAUUUCGACUGGGCAGGUGGAGAAUGUCGUGACCUGGAUAGGCUACUUCUGCUUCACUUCCAACCCGUUCUUUUAUGGAUGUCUCAACCGGCAGAUCCGAGGGGAGCUCAGCAAGCAGUUUGUCUGCUUCUUCAAGCCGGCUCCAGAGGAGGAGCUGAGGCUACCAAGCCGGGAGGGCUCCAUUGAGGAGAACUUUCUGCAGUUCCUUCAGGGUACAGGCUGUCCCACUGAGUCCUGGGUUUCCCGACCCCUCCCCAGUCCCAAGCAGGAGACACCUGCUGUGGACUUUCGAAUUCCAGGCCAGAUAGCUGAAGAGACCUCUGAGUUCCUGGAGCAACAACUCACCAGCGACAUCAUCAUGUCGGACAGCUACCUCCGUCCCGCCCCCUCACCUCGACUGGAAUCAUGAUGGGCUUCUAGCCACUUGGAGGGAGAUGGGGCUGGGGCUGGGGUCUCUACACACAGCUUUUGCUUAGUGUUUUCUGGGUCAGGAACAAGGCCAACAGGAUGAACGUGUGGCAAAAGCCUUGGACAUGGCUAUGAUCCUUGACUACUGGGGGAGGGAACCUGGUGAGAUGGUAAUGAGAAUAAAGGGUCACGAAGGAUUGGCCUCCUUGAUCUCUCUCCUCAUGGCAGUGACCCACCUCCGGCCCCCUGGACUAUCGGGUACAAGAGACUAAGGUUGGGAAUGGGAAGGGUGGGGUUUCCAUGGCCCAUUAAAUGCCUCCUACUCCCAUCCAUCGCUCUCAAAAUUAGCUUCAGUGACAAAGACUUAAGUCUCUCUCUCCUAUCUGCAGCCCUGGGUUGGAGAGAGGGCACGAGAGUUGGGUUCAGAUGUUCACUAAUUGAGACUGUAGGAACUUGUUGGUUGGUAUCAGUGGUGAUAUUUGCAAGGGAGGCGGAAUAGUUGCAAACUGGACAGGACACCCAUCUGGGACUACUUGUUUAUCCACUUCCCUCAGUUGAAUCAAGUAACAUUCAAGGGUUGAGGCAGGACAAGAGGGUGCUUUAAUCUGUAUUUGAACAAAUUCCUGGCUCACUGAACAUUAAAGGGAAGACGGGCCGGUGGGAGUGGGAUAGUUUCCCCUUUGAAUGGCCAAUAAAUACUUUUUAUUAUAAAAAGUUAUUCUGAUAUCAACAUUUACUAUUUCAGUUCAAUUCAGUGCAUAAUAGUUGAAUACCUAGUAUUCUCUGGGACCCACGCAGUCACUGCCUUUGAGGAGUUCAUAGUCUAAUUUUAUCAGGUACCUUGUAUUUUUACAGAGCACUUAUAUCCGGUAAAGCAUUAAAGAAGGAGAAAUAUAUUGGAGAAUACAUUGGAGCUCAGUCCACUGAAGCAAGAUACCUACAUGGAAGCUUCCUGUGGAUUGUGGAAUGUGUGAGGGUUGUAAAUGAAAUUCUAGCUGCAGAAAAGAAUUUAUUAAGAAACUGGGCAAACAGCUUUCCCCCUUUAGAUGUAGGAGAAUUUACAGGUUUGUCUUCCUACCACCAGACUUACUUUAGUCUAGAACCUAUUACACUGAAGAAAUCCCUUAGAUAGUAUAUCUACCAAGGAGAAUCCUUCGUGAUUGAAAAACUUGCUCUUCUCCCUCUCCUCCCUUUUAAGAUAAACUCAGAAAGGAGACAACUCAUUUGUAGAUAAGGAGUUCUCUUCAAACAUCAGGGAUCAGCUAGUAGGCCUUAAGCAUUGCCAGCAGGUGGCAGUGUGAGUCCAGUGGAAACAGGAAAGGUGCUUGCAUGGGGGAGUUGGGGGUGGGGAGAGGGAGUGAGGAGAGGGGAGGACAGGAAACAUCGUCUGGCAGCCAUUUUGUUAAUUUAUUUUGUCUUCUCCCUUGCCUUGCCCUCCAGCCCUUCCUUCACAUACAUCAAAAAAGAAAAUUUUAAGUGCAAGGAUAUCUCUAAUUCAGGCUUGUAUUUCCUGACACUGAACUCACUGGUGUUUAUUACAGAAUUUGACAUAGGCUGGUUCAUUUGCCAUUUAUUUUUCCCUGAGUGGAUCAUGAAGGAAAUAAAAAUUUUUGUUAUGUUGACAAUUCUCCCAACAGUUUCUGCCAUGACCAUCUUCCAGUUGUUUUCCAGUCACCAGGACCACUUGGUAAAGUUUGCUAUGUAGUUCUUGGCUGUGAAAGCUGUUCCUGGACAAAAUCUGACCUCUAGUGGGCUCAAGAAUCAACAGGUUGAGACAUCUGACCGGUCAGUUACUUUUCCUGCACCCGGGUGGUGUUAGGGUAACUUCCAAGCUUAGAUGAAAACUUUCUGUUGUCAGGUCUCCCCAGGUAACAUCUUACAGUGGCAUGGUAGAAAAGGGGGUGAAUUUGGAGGCAGACAUCUACUUUUCACUGUGUGAACUUGGGAAAGAUGCUUAGUUUCUCUGAGCCUAUUUCUUCAUCUGUAAAAACAGGGGUAACAUUACCUACCUCACAGGGUUGUUGUGAGGAUUAAAAGAGAUGACCAUGUGGAAGCACCUAGCCAUACCUGGCAAAUAGGUACUCAAUAAAUAUUGGUUCUACCCUU